UUACACACCCGCUACCGGUUGACUGCAACAUUGCCGAGCAGCUGAUUGGGCUUGGUUAUAUUUACUUCGUUCCUUGUGAGGAUUCUACCUAUGGAAUUAUGUUGAGACAGCGGUCAAUAUUUUACCUACCACGUCGAUUUAAGCACAAGAAGGAUCACUGGUCAGUGGUUGAGAAGAAGAAACAUCCCGUGGACCGGGCACUUAGUAAUUUCGAUGAUUUUUACGGAUCAGUAUUUGGUAACCGAUGGCGAGGGAUCCGUGCAGCAUUGCUUACAGAGCACAAGUACAUCGCGUUAGUUAAUAACUUCGGGGACACCGAGAAAACAUGUGAAGAGUUGGAAUUGGAAGGAGCAAUCAAUGUCCGGCUAUUGUACAAUAUAACAAAAGAGAGGCUGCCGAACGGACCAUCAAGGGAAGUCCCCGAAUUGGGUAAAGGAAGUGUUGAUACGAAACUCAGAGGGUUCAUCCGUCAGCAAGAGGAACAAGAAAUUGCCUCGAUCUAUCCUAAGAGUGCAGAGGAGGUGGCUCCUUCGCUGGCGGAAAUACAAUUCCGAGAUGAGCACCAGACUCAAAACAUAGCCCAAGCCGGGGAGCAUGUGGAUCCGAAGAAAUCUCUCACCGAGACUAUCAAAGAAGACUCAGAAAUCGAUUUACAACGAAUCGUCGACCCUGAAUACGGAUCAGGCGCUCUACACGACUUCGUCCCGGCGAAUCGCAUAAAAGGCAUGGAGGACUGGAUCCCGGAAUCAGAGCACUACAAAUACUACUCCAAUACCACAGAUUUCCCCUUGGCAAUAGAACCGGAAGAAGAAUUUAUAUUCCCCGAGAAUCUGCAGCUUUACAGUUACGAAAAAGGCAACUGUUCCCUCUUUGCAAAACCAAAGAAAAGCCAAACUGGUGUCCUGACGCAUUUUCUCAUGGAUGGCGCCUCGGUUCUGCCUGCACUCCUCCUCGAUGUAAAGUAUGGCGAGCGAGUGUUGGACGCCUGUGCAGCUCCUGGUGGGAAAUCCUUGCUAAUGCUACAAACCCUUCAUCCGGACAUUGUAAUCUGCAACGACAUUCAGGAGAGUCGCACGAAUCGAAUCAAACGAAUUAUGGACCAAUAUCUGUUCGACUACGAGGAGAAGUGGCAUGGCAAACGCAUCCUUAUUACCCAAGGAGAUGCGAGGGUUCUCGAAGACUAUGAGCUCUACGACAAAAUCCUAGUGGACGUCCCAUGUACGACGGAUCGACACUCUCUUAUGGAAAACGACAAUAAUAUUUUCAAGCCUUCGCGGGUGAAGGAGCGACUUCGAUUACCAGAAAUGCAAUCAGCGAUUUUGACCAAUUGUUUGCGUCUUCUGAAACCUGGUGGAAGUUUGAUGUAUUCCACAUGUAGCCUGAGCCCGAUUCAGAAUGAUGGAGUUGUGCAUAUGUCACUGCAGAAGGUUUUCAGUGAGUACGGAAUCACGACGACUGUGAAAGAUUUGAGCCGACAGAUGAAGUGUUUUGGCCAUUUGUUCCGGUUUGAAAAUCCAAAGAACUUGAAGUAUGGACAAAUGGUGCUUCCGUAUCUCCCGGCCAAUUUCGGUCCAAUGUAUUUUUGUAAGAUAACAAGAAAUGAAUAGAAAAUAAAUAGAAUUGAAUAGUAA